GAGAAUGUUGGACUAACUAUUGGACUGUCAGUGGCAUUUAGCUUCCUCGCAACACUCGUUGGAGUGUCCAUUUGCGUCUGUUUUGGGGUAUACUUGGCUGUAAAGAGUAGGAAACAGGUUGCUGCCAACAGCACCUCCGUCAAUCCGGCUUUUUCGACGACCUCAUUCAGUACUCCUUCUAAUGAGUACGUCACACUACCUUCCAUCAAUGGUCACAACAAGAAUGGGGAAUGCUUGCCUUCAAUCGUUGAAUGUGCAGCUGAGGGCUGAUCUCCAGCGUCUGAGGGCUGCACAGAUAAUUUAGUGGGAUUGAUGUCAGAAAAACGCGCAUGAACAUGACUUUCUGACUUGU